UUAACCCUUUCGUUCCUGUCAUUUUAAAUGCUUAAAACAUGUCAAGAGUGGAACAGCUCAAUUCCGUGCAUCCUUAUUUGGAAGUAAGUCUCAAGUGUUCGCUAGGGCCUGCUUUGGGGGCAAUGUGUGUAAGGGCUGCCUCCUUAAUCUUCUUUAGGCAAUUCCCUCAGGUCCUUCAGGGUGUAGAAUCAAUACUGUAGAUAAUCCAUUAACUGUAUAGUUCCCUACUGGAUUUUCACUCUUCUCAGAAGAGAAGCAGAUAGUAUUCUAUAAAAUGGGUUUUUCUAUAUAGACUAUGCUCCAUGGCGCAAGAAAAAGAAGUGCAAAAUAUAUUAACAGAAGUUGGUCCAAUGAAAUAUAACCAAACAUACAUGCUUUGUUUUGGACAGGAGCUUGCUAAAUAUGAAGAAAUGGAGGAUCAAGUGGUACUGACUGAAAAAGAUCUACUUGAGGACGGCUUUGGAGAACAUCCCUUCUACCACUGCCUUGUUGCAGAAGUGCCAAAAGAACACUGGACAGCUGAAGGAUACAGUGUUGUGGGCUUUGCCAUGUAUUACUUCACGUAUGACCCAUGGAUUGGAAAACUGCUGUAUCUUGAAGACUUCUUUGUAAUGAAUGAGUUCAGAGGUUUGGGCAUUGGUUCAGAAAUUCUAAAGAAUUUAAGUCAGGUGGCUGUCACAUGUCGUUGCAGCAGUAUGCACUUCUUAGUAGCUGAGUGGAAUGAGCCUUCCAUCAGGUUCUACAAGAGACGGGGAGCUUCUGACCUGUCAUCUGAGGAAGGAUGGAGACUUUUCAAAAUAGACAAGGAGUACUUGAUGAAGAUGGCAGCUGAAGAGUGAGGAGCUGAGCUCUCAGGACAAUAGCAAUUUGCAUCCAAUAAUUCCUUUUUGACUGUCCUUCCUGUUUCCAAUCCAACCUUGUAGUAAUGAAAUAAGUUAAUAUGGACCCUAAUUCAAAAGCUUUAUUACCAGUGGCAUAAAUAUGAUUGUUUGCUGGAGUUUUGGGACUCUAAUCCCACAGGCAGUGACAGUUACAGAGUCAAGUUACUUGUCUGUCUCCAUCCCCUCAUCAGUACACCUGUGAUCCUGAAAUGUAUAUUGUAUAUAACUUCAUUCUUGUAAGUGUCAUUCAAAUGUGUACAGUGUACACACUGGUAGGGUUUUUUCUUAAUUAUUUGCAUUCAUAAGCAAAUAAACUGUUUUUCAUGCUAGCAAACACAAA